AUGAUGACAAAUACAAACGAUUUUGCCAGUGUUCUUCAAGUAUUAUCAGCCAAUACUACUCCCAAAAAUGACCUCAAUUCAACAUUUCUUGAAAAAUUUUUAUCAUCAAAUGAUUUAUCAGCAGUUUUUUCUCCUUCAAUUACAAAAUCUGGUACUGGUUCACCAGAAAUAAAAUUUCCUUCUCCAUCAAAUGAAUUAUCUUUAACAAACAAAUAUUUUGAAAUGUGGCAAAAAGCAUCUUAUGAUGUGGAUAAAAAUAACAUGAAUGGUUUUACUUUUAAUUUAUCAUAUCUUGAUAGUGGUGUUAAUGGUAUACUUGUAUCAAAUCUUAAAUGCUCACAAUGUGAUGUAGUUAAAACAACAACAGAAAAUUUAGAAAUUCAUAUGAAAGUAGAACAUUUAAAUUGGCUACCAUUUGAAUGUCCUAUGUGUAAUGCGAUACGUGCUUCUGAUAACCAAAUGAGAGAACAUUUUUAUUCCUCACAUAAACAGACCGGAGAUCGCCUUCGUUUUCAUUAUAAUGACAACCCAGAAGCUAAACGAUUAUUGCAAUUUUUGAUGGAUCGUUCUUUGUUUGCAGCCUCAAAAAUGCACCAUUACUCAAUGAAAAGCCCUACCUCUAGUAUGUUGAAAGAGUCUUUAGUUUCUUAUGGCGCUGCUAUUGAGGGAACCACCACCAGCAUUGCCAAUAAUUUAACUAGUACUACUCCAUCUACCAAUAUACUAUCAUCCAAUGGAAAAAAGGAGAAGAAGAGGAAGUGCGCGGUGAAUAAUUUAUUAAUGAACAAAAUGAGUAAAAUGGCAGGAGGAGGAACUACAGAUUCUGUUGAUGGUUGUAGUAAUAAUGAAUUGCCUUCCAGAAAAAAACCAGCUGCAAGUGAUAUUGGUAUUCUUUCUCAAGAAUUUAUAUUGGCACAAAUUGCUAAUGGCCCAGUUUUAUCUAGUGGUGAUAGUAACAGUGUGAAGUUAGAAGAAGAAGGGGAUAAAGAGAAAAGUGGAGAUAAAGGAGAGGAUGAUUAUGUUGUGUUAAAUGACCAAACUAAUGGGUUUGCUGAAGAAAUUGCACAAUACAACAUAAGUAACUUUUUGAAUGGAAGUAGUAAAAAAAUAAAGACUGAAAAUGAAUCAGAUAUCUUCUCUAGUGACAUCUUUUCCUCUAUGACCUCUAUUUUUAAGAAAAACCAUACUAAUGUAGAUGAUGAGAAAGAUGAGUCAUCAAAAAGUGCAUCUAGUAAAUUUAUGGCUAAGAAAAGAGUUAUCGGAUUAUGCAGUAGGUGUAAAAAACCCGUAACAGCUGGAUCUCGUCAAACACAUAUAUUUUAUCAUCUAAGUAAAGAUUUUGGUCAAAAUCGUUUCCAAUGCCGGUAUGAAGGAUGUGAUGCUGCUAAUUAUAGAAAAGAUCAAUUGGAAGCACAUUUACAAAAAAAACAUAAUACAAGUAAUCCAGAUAUGAUACUUGAUAGAAGUCAAGAAUUAAAUAGUGCUUUAAUUGAUUUAUCUAUAGAAUUACUUGGUACAUCAAAUAAUACACCAGGUCCAACUGCAAGUGAAGGACAAAAGUUAUAUGAUUUACAAAGAUUAGAAGUUGGAAAUGUAGGUAAAGGAAAAAAAUCUAAGAAGAAUGGGGAUAUACUUCAACUUUUUAGUAGUUAA